AUCUUCGUAUUCAGCUCGAAUCUCUCCUUUUACUUUGCACACGCUACUCGAAUGGUUCACAUCGAGGUUUUGAAAAAUGUUACCGAUGAUACUGGCAUACCUGACGAGACAUCGGAAGUCACAUUUCCCGAACUCACCAAGGAUGUUCUAGAAUCCUGUUCGCUCCAAAACUGGUACCCAGCCUUUGAAUCAUAUACGUUCAAAUCUACAAUCAUUCCACUAUCUCCCAAGGUGCUUGAAUACCUCAGUGAUGACCUUGACGGGUUCUUUUUGCCCUUGGACGAUGAAGAGCAACAAUAUCGGAGCCAACUGAGUGAAUCUGAAGAAAGUGUCAGCAGUGGUGAAGAGGAGGUUAUUUCCAAGCCUGAUCCUCUUAUCGGUUCUCCUUCAACAUCGGAUCAACAUAAGCAAACGAAGUCUUCGAAUAGUAGGAAAAAAUACGAUUUUCCUGAACUCAAUCAAACUAUUCGACAUGCUAUUCAACUGCACGAUGGCUCGGUAUUCCCAAAACUAAAUUGGUCCGCACCCCAAGAUUCUGCAUUCAUGUUACCUUCGGGCGAUGGUCUCUUGCGUUGCCGCUGUCCCAAUGACAUAUACACACUCCUCAAGACUAGUGAUUGUAUAGCUCACGAUCUGAAUCUUGUUAAAGAGAAGUAUUGUAACGACACAUUCCCUUUCGUGCUUGUGUUACGUGAAUGGUUCAACCUGAACCCAGCCCACGAAUUCAGAUGCUUCGUCAAGGACCGCACACUGAUCGCAAUCUCUUCACGCUCUUCCACUCAUUUCGAUUUCCUUCAACCUGUUGAGGCUCAAGAAGCCAUCGUCUCACGAAUCUUAUCCUUUUACCAAUCCAUCAUCAUGCCUAAAUUCAAGCUCUCUGAUUUCAGCUUCGAUGUGUAUAUGACCAAUCCCACCCGAACCCUUCCACUUAACGGAACCCUCACUCCUAAACUCAAACUUGUCGAUUUCAACCCACUCAGCUCUUAUAGUGAACCAUACCUUUUCUCAUACGAAGAAUUACUUAACCCAUCCGAAACCUUAAAGCACAAACCUGAACUCAGGCUAGUGAAUGAGGCAAGACUUCAGCCUAGUCGAUUUGCAAGCUCUCAUUUACCUCUUGAUAUCUUAGACUGUUCACAAGGUCAACAAAUCUCAAAUCUGAGUGAAAAAUGGAACCAGUUAUUAGCACGUGGUUGUACUGAUUCAGAUAGUGAAGACUCAACCAAACCAAAUUGAAAAUUAAUCGUUAAGCAAAUACUAGAUAUUCUGGAAAAAGUUUCUUACAAAGUAUAAUUAAAAGGAAGCAAGUAAUUUGGAAUUUGACACAACCUUAGUUUUAUCAGAAGACUCACUUCAUAUGCGUAAUAGUUGACAGGAGAUUUUUGAUAGAUAUAUAAGGUGUGAUGACCUUUGAUGUAAAAUCACCUUGAAUGCAUACUUAACACUGUCAUACAUAUCAGGUGAAAAAGCACCCCUUGUGAAUGUUUUUGGGUAUGUUUCACACUACAUGAUCAAACGUAUGUGUUGUGAAAAGAUAUAGCAUAUGAUAAGCUGGGGGUCUUCUAAGAUGGGUUUUUUGAUUCAGUCCACAACAGAAGCUCAAAUUUCUCUUCAGUAACUUCCAACCAAAUUUCAAUGAUGAAAGAAACAAUUCUUCACC